CGAAGUGGAGGGGAGGGGGAAAGAACUAGGAGAGUCCAGCUGGGCGGUGGGCGGUGACGGGCGCUGCGCGCGCACGCUUGCACGCAGGCGAAGUGGCGGGCAGCCUCGCUCUGGGGCCUCGGCGGCGGCUGCGGCGGUGGCGGCGGCAGCAGGUCGUCCCAGCCGGGCGGCUCGGCUGCUGAGCUCUCUGGACCCGCCGGGCGGGCCGGGCCGGGCCUGGCAGAGCGGGCGGAGAGCUGACAUCUCGUGGGCUCGGUGGCGGAGGGCCUCCAUCUCUGCCGAGGGAAUGCAGCCCUUCAGCUUGGAGACGGCCAGGAAAGCGGCCCAGAGGGAUGUGCUGGCAGCAGAUCUCCAGUGCAGCUUUUUUGCCUCUGCCCUGCAGAGCUACAAGCGGGACUCUGUGUUAAGGCCAUUUCCAGCCUCCUAUGUUAGCCAGGACAACAAGGACUUUGAGACCCUGCUUGAAGAUACCAGUAUGCUACCAAACCUGAAGGAACUUCUCCAGUCUGCAGAUGACAGAGAUAAAAGGGCAUGGAGUCUGGUGAGCUGGAUUUUAUCAUCAAAGAUUCUUACACUUCACAGCAUAGGGAAAACAGAGUAUGUGAAGAUCCAAGAACUGAUGGGAAUUUCAGGCACUAGUGUCCCUGCACCCGACUUUCUGUUUGAAAUAGUAUAUUCUGGUCCAGUGGAUGCCAAAUUUUAUGAGACCAAAGGAGAAAGGGAUCUUAUCUAUGCAUUCCACGGGAGCCGCCUGGAAAAUUUUCAUUCCAUCCUACAUAAUGGUUUACAUUGCCAUUUAAACAAGACAUCCUUGUUUGGUGAAGGGACCUACCUUACCAGUGACUUAAGCCUGGCUCUUCUUUACAGUCCUCACGGUAUGGGGUGGCAGCACAGCCUCUUGGGUCCUAUCCUAAGUUGUGUGGCAUUGUGUGAGAUCAUCGACCAUCCAGAUGUCAAGUGCCAAACCAAGAAAAAAGAUUCAGAAGAAAUAGAUAGAAAAAGAGCAAGAGCCAAACAUAGUGAAGGGGGUGAUGUCCCUCCCAAAUACUUUGUGGUUACCAACAACCAACUUUUACGAGUAAAAUAUCUGUUAGUUUAUUCGCAGAAACAACAUAAGAGGGUCUCAAACCAGCCUUCCUGGAUUUCUAAUCAUCGCUUCACCCUCAUGAUGCUCCUGUAUCUGCUAUUGCUGAUCAUUAUAGGUUUCAGCAACUCUCCCUCUUUCUUGCACUACUGGAAUCGAGCAUUGGAGUCAAAAAGAUAAACUUACCUAACUCAGCAGGAUAGCCUCUGCUGUAUGCCUUAGCACCUCCUGAUCUAUUAGCUCCUGCACCUCCAACUAGAACUCUGGGCUAGAGGCUAAGGAGGGGCAUUUAUCAGAACACUGUAAUGAUACCAGAGAUCUUGACUGCCUUCAGAUGCUCCUAGAGAACUUUUGUGCUUCUUAACUGGUCACAUUUUGGAGGACAGUGUCAGUAGGUCACACUCGCCCAAGAUUUCAGGAUCACUUUGCUGUCCUCUCUGUUCUUAGCAGUUCUGGGAAGCUGACUUUUUAGCAAGGGCCAAAGGAAGAAGCCUGCUGUAUUGAAAAACAAGGUGUCCAGGCACUCGGCAAUAUGUUUACAAUUGCCUCUGGCAGAAACCCUCCCUUUUCUAAUGCCUUUGGAAGGUGGAAAAAUAUGUUGUGUGAGGUAUAAAUCAUCGGGCAGUUGGCUUGUUUUGACUCAAAAUGUUGCAGAGGAACAAUGAUGUUUCUCACGAAAUGGGAGAAAUUGUUUUUGAUUUAUAAAUUUUGGCUGUAGACCUCUGAAUGUGACAACAAAACCUUUAAUAGUUUUAACCAUUUUCUUGAGUAUCUAGAAACAA